AUGCCGGAGUUCCAGCCGCAUUCAGCACAUCGGUGCUACCGCCUUCUGCACAUAGGCCUUUCAAAUAACCCACGACAGGUUGUUGUGCAAUUCCAAUCGUAUCUUCCAUUGACGAAAGCUUCAUCGUAUCUGCCAUUGACGAACGCUUUGUGCCUUCGUCCCUUCGUCGUGCCUACCAUUGACGAACGCUUCCGAAUUCCAAUCAUAUCAGUGGAAACUCAAAUUCUAAAUGCGUUAGUUAGCAUGAUUGUGAAUCAUGAGUAUCCUCUUGCUAUGGUUGAUCAUAUUGGAUUUAAGAGAUACUCUAAUAGUUUGAAUCCUGAUUUUAAAGAAAUGAUUUUGAAUAAGGCAUGGGUCAAAGUAAAAGAUCGUUCAUCUAUUGAUUAUGUAAAUGGUGUUGAUGAGUUUCUAAAUUUUUCUCUUUCCAAAGUAAGAGAAGAUGAUCGAGAUAGUACUACUAUUAGGUGCCCUUGUAAUAGUUGUCGCAAUAUAUUUCUUAAAACAAAAUGUGAUGUAAGAUUCGACUUGCUCAAGGGAGGAAUGUAUGAGAAGUACACUUUUCGGGAACUUCACGGGGAAGAAUUAGUUGAAUCAAGUGAUGGGGAUGAUGUUGAUGAGUUGAAUGACAUUGAUAGUGGUUUCACAAUGUUGCAAGAUGCAUGUGGAGUUGGUGCUAUGAAUGUUGGGAGUGCUGAAGAGGCUUUAAAUAACGUUGAGGAGUAUGAGAAACCUAAUGCAAAUGCAAAAAAGUUAUUCAAACUUUUAAAGGAGUACCAAGAACCAUUAACAAUGCAUGGCACAACAAUGUCUAAGUUGUCAUAUAUUGUUAAAUUAUUACAUUUAAAGGUUUUGAAUAAUUGGUCUGAUAAGUCUUUUGAUAGUUUACUCCAAUUAGAACAUCAAGGCUAUGGCGCUUACCUUCCAACUUCUUAUUACGAGGCUAAGAAACUCAUUAAAGACUUGGGCCUUGAUUAUUAUAAGAUUGAUGCUUGUGAAAAUGAUUGUAUUCUUUAUUGGAAAGAGCAUGAAAAAUUGAUUGAGUGUCCCACUUGUGGUUUAUCAAGGUGGAAACAAGAAAAGGAAGGCUCUUCUAAGGGGGUAAAGGUUUCUAGAAAAGUGCUAAGAUAUUUUCCAUUGAAGCCUAGGCUACAAAGGUUGCACAUGUGUAGAAAGACAUCCAAAGAUAUGCGUUGGCACAAAGAAAGGGAUGCUACUAAAACAUAUAGAGUGAAUGAUUGUGAUAGGAUUAUAGAUGAUGAUGCCCUUUCUAAGGAAGAGGAGGAUGAUACCUUUUUAGAGGAUGACAAUGCGAGUGCGGUGGAUGAUACAAUGAGACAUCCAUCUGACUCCUUUGCAUGGAAAUCAUUUGAUGAAGAGUAUAGUGAAUUUGCUAAAGAGGUGCGAAAUGUUAGACUUGGACUAGCUUGUGAUGGCUUUCAGCCUUUCAAUAAUUCACAACAUAGCAUAUGGCCAGUGGUUCUUAUCCCUUAUAAUUUUCCUUCUUGGUUAUGCAUGAAACCUUAUUCAUUUAUGCUAUCUUUACUAGUACCAGGUCCAACAAGUCCUGGAAUUAAUAUGGACGUCUACCUCCAACCACUUAUUGAGGAGUUAAAGGAGCUUUGGGAGGUUGGUGUUGAAACCUAUGAUGCUUACUCUAAAACAAAUUUCAUCUUGCGUGCAUCACUACUGUGGACUAUCAAUGACUUUCCUAUGUAUGCAAAUUUGUCUGGAUGGUCUACCAAAGGUUAUUACGCUUGUCCAUGUUGUCAUAAGCAAACUAAACGGACUUCGUUGAUGCAUAAGGGUGGUUAUUACAACAUUUGCUUCCAAUGA